AUGCUCUCCUUCAGCACCCUGUCUGUCUUUGCCGCUCUCGCGCUCAGCACUUUCACCUCUGCGGCUCCUGCUCCUUCCGAAAUCUCUGACGUCAUCACCUCUGCGAGUCCCGCCGUUCCGGUUGUCGGUGUUGUCUCAGGCGUCGCCAGCUCGCUUCCAGAUGUCUCGUGCGGCACCAAGAAUGUCGUCACGAUCAUUACCGAGACUCAGUUCAAUUUGUCUGAGAUCAUCAUCGAGUUCCGCUACAUCACGGCCCAGAACGCUACCAUCGAGGUUCUCGCUCCCCUUGUUGAGAACAUCAAGGGUGUUCUCGGCGACGCUCUCUGGGAGAUCAACGGUCUCGUCGGCCAGGGCCACAAUGUGAUCCUUGGUCUUAGUGGUGGUAAUCUCCUCACAGUUAGCGAUGUUGCGACUGCGAUCGGCGGCCUCCUGACACUUGUGCUCGACGCCGUCUCUUCUGUCCUCGCUGUGACCAGCUCGGACUCCACUGAGUGUGUGACUUACAUGUUGUCUGGCCUUGUUGAGGUCCUUGGCUGCGUUGUGUGCGCCACUAUCAUGCUUGUCAACCCCCUCCUCGGCAGCGUGGUCUCGACUGUUGCUAUCCAGCUCGGCGGCCUUGUCGGUGUCAUUUCGACGCUCAAGGUUACCGUCCUCCUCAGCAUUUUCGGCAGCACUGUGUGA